CUUGCGGUGGUAUCCACACAAAGAAUUGUCUCUCUUUAUUAGAUUCUUCCUAUCAAAUAAUGUCGCCAACUUGUGUCAAUAAAUGGGCUAAUGGUUUUUUCGGAAUAAUCGCUGGCGUCGAUACCCCGCAACUCCCGUCUUCAAGUAGUGUAUUUUGAUCGAGGAAAUAUUUUUACGGACAAAAUCAUCGACUCUUUGCUCAGAAACGACGUACUUAUUCGAGGAAUUGACAUACUUAAGAGAAGACUGGCAGGAACUUGACAGGAUUCCGCUCAGAAAAGCAUUUCAACGCGAUUGUCGAAUAAUUUCUAACUACUAGAAGAAAAAAAAACCUUGUUCAUCCUGUUUUUGUUUUUCAACGGAUCCUUAAAUGAUAUGUUCCAUUCAAUGAAAUGUGUGCUUACAAUAGACGCGUCUCGUUUCAAGUUAUUAUUAUUAUUUUUUUUAUUGUCAAAAUAUUCUGCUUGCCUUCGGGUGCACCUGUUUUGAGCUACAUUAAGGAUUGCUGUGGAAGUGACAAUAAAUACACGUCUGGGGAGAUUCAAGUAAUACAGUCCAUAGCAAUUCCUCCAGGACGCCGAAAAGUGCGAACUGGGAUUCUAAAAAAACGUGAGUAACACUUGGUUAAGAGGAAAAGACGUCCAGUGACGUUCGCAUGAUUAGUCAGAUCUCACUGAUAGCGUGUAGCAAAUUGGAGUCGAUCAUACAAAGCAGCUUCCCAGUCUGUAAUGAAACUCCUUGUGGAAAAUGACUCUCACCUGUUUGGAGUUGCUGGACCAUAGUCGCGAAAAUGUCAAAUCCUUUUGUAUUUCUAUUUUAUGUUGUCGGUUUAGCCUUGGUUCAAAGCAGAGACGUUAAGCUAGCUGUAUUACUCCCUUGGUCCGGAGAAUUGGGCUUUGAAGACAAAUUUGGGAAUACUAUACAAUUGGCCAUUUCAAGCAUCAACAACAACAAUAUUAUUUUACCAGACAAUAACUUAACUUAUGUUCUGAAAGACACAAAAAACGACCCAGGUAUUGGCCUACAAGCAGUGGCAGACUUAUGGAGAUUUGAGAAUCCAUUUGUGGAUGUGUUCAUAGGUCCAGGAAUGAAUGAAGUUUGCAAACCAACAGAGCUGUUAGCAAAACAGUGGAAUAUCCCAGUCAUAUCAUGGGGUUGCUCUAAGAGCGGAGCAGACAAUUCAAAUCAUUAUUCAACACUUUCAAGGAUCAAAUCUUUUGGUAGAACGAACCCUGUAAACUCAUCGAGCGCUCUUAGGAGUAUUUUAAAACAUUUUGGGUGGAAAACAGUCGUACUAAUACAUUCUUUGGAGGACGCCUGGAGACAUUUAGCCAAAACUAUCUCAGAAGAUCUCCAUAGACGCGAAGUUACCGUAGCUUUGGAAUUUCCAUUUUCUACUGUAAAUAAUUAUGGAGAAUUCCUGAAUAAGGCAAGGGAAAAAACUAGAGUUUUUGUUCUUCUUUGCUAUGCAAUGCAAGUCGGUGAAAUCAUGCAGGCCGCAAGAAACCAUGGUCUAGCAAAUGGCAACUACGCGUUCGUGACAGUCGAUCUCGAUUUUGAUGUUCCCCAUGGUGAUGUCACACAUGGUGAUGUCACACUCGUGCAGCAGUUCCGGCGAAAUGGGACACUGGAUGGAUUGAUAGAGAUUGCUGUCAACCCAGUGCUGCAGAGCGCUAAGUUCACGGACUUGGAAAGGAGAGCACAUGGAGGAGCUGGCAGAGGGUUUAAGUUAUCUCCCUAUGCGGCUUACGUGCACGAUGCCAUCACACUUUACGCGUACGCACUUCACGACACGAUCACGCAAGGCGGCAACAUCACCGACGGGCUGAACAUCACGAGGAACGUGCCCGGGAAGUCAUUCGAGGGUAUGUCAGGGAAAGUGGUUAUGGAUGGACAGGGCGGCCGCAUUCCCUUCUACGCACUUCGUAACGUCCAAAACGGGUCGCUUGUCGAGAUUGCGACCAUCAACUCCAGCAGUCUGGAGUUUAACGUGAAUGCUAGUCUAAGAUGGCCUGGAGGUGCUGCUAUGACUCCCAGAGACGUAUCGCAACCAGUAACUAAGAAUCCACCCAGUGGUGGAGAAGCCGUGGAAGUGUACAUCUCUGUGCCCCUCGUUAUACUGUUUGUUGUAUGCGGGGGAUUCAUUGGCAUGUUUCUGUACAAAAGGUCUAAUAGGAUACGUGACGUGUCGUCGAUGAUCAUCAAGUACGAGGAUAUCGAGUUGUCUGGAAUCGUGGGAGGAACAAACAGCCGCCGAACCUUCUCCUUCAGGAGUCAAGGAGUGUCUGCUGUUUCUGACCGAUCUUCGCUACUUAUUCCUGCUCAGAGAUACGCACUUGUCGGGAGAUACAAGAAUAGACCAGUUUUUGUCAAGAAGAUUAGGAGGAGAAGCGUGAGCCUAAAUGAGGAGAUCGUCAGGGAGCUCUAUGAGGUUCAUAAGUUAUCCCACGUGAAUAUUAACCCAUAUAUAGGAGUGUGUAUCACCGCGCCUAACAUCUGUAUCGUAUCGGAGGCCUGUGGCCGAGGGAGCCUGGCGGAUGUCCUUAUCAACGAUGACAUCAAGCUUGACUGGACCUUUAAGAUGUCAUUUGCCACUGAUAUCGCAGCGGGUAUGGAAGCCUUGCAUGCAAGUGAGGUUAGUUUCCAUGGUAACCUGACGUCAUCUAACUGUCUUGUUGACCGGAUGUGGGUGUGUAAAAUUGCCGAUUAUGGGCUGCAGCGCUUCAGCAAACACACGUACGAGCCUGAAGAGCAGCUAACGGGGCAGACAGCGAAGUUAUGGAUGGCCCCGGAGCACAUGCGCAAUGCAAGCAGCACAGGCUCGCAGCCGGGUGAUGUGUAUAGUUUUGGUGUUAUACUCAGUGAAAUCGUGACAAGAUGCGAACCGUUUGAAACCCUACGCGCAACGACAUCAGUACAUGAGAUCCUGCGACGGAUAAUGUCGACCGAGUUCCCGCCACUCCGCCCCACGCUGAAUGCAGACGACUGUGACCCAACAAUCACCAAGUUCAUCAAGCAGUGCUGGUCCGAGGAGCCUUCAGCCAGACCGACCUUCAGGGACAUCAAGAAGAGCAUGCGCAAGAUCAACGGUGGAAGGUCUUUGCGUCUAGUUGAUAGUAUGCUGGGAAAGAUGGACAUUUAUAGCAAUAACCUCGAGGUGUUAGUCGAGGAACGAACGAGGCAGCUUGAGGCUGAGAAAGCCAAAACGGAUCAGCUACUCUACGAAAUGCUGCCUAGGCCCGUUGCGGACCAGCUGAAGUCUGGGAAGAGCGUGGAAGCGGAGCUUUUUGACCAAGUGACCGUGUUUUUCAGCGACAUCGUGGGAUUCACCAAGCUAUCCUCUUCCAGCACUCCUAUACAGGUUGUGACGUUUUUGAAUGAUCUCUACACGUAUUUCGACAACAUCAUUCCGAACUAUGACGUCUACAAAGUCGAGACGAUCGGUGACGCAUACAUGGUUGUAUCGGGUCUGCCAGAGAAAAACCGUGACCGUCACGCAGGGGAGAUAGCCACUAUGGCGUUACACUUGUUGUGUGACAUACGGACCUUCAAGAUACGUCAUGUACCGGAUACAAGUCCCAAGCUGAGAGUUGGAAUACACACAGGUCCUGCGGUUGCUGGCGUUGUAGGAAUAAAGAAGCCUCGCUAUGACGUAUUCGGAGACACAGUAAACGUAGCAUCGAGGAUGGAGUCAAAUGGCGUCCCUAAUCGAAUCCAUAUCAGUGCCGAGUGCAGAAAGGCGUUGUUGAAUCUUGGCGGUUAUCAUAUGGAAAGAAGGGGCGAGAUCGAACUCAAGGGCAAGGGCAAAGUGAUCACGUAUUUUCUCAAUGGGAAAGAUGGCUUUAACAGAGUGCGUCCUGAGCCUUCUAACUAACGACGCCGAGCGGUUUUACCGGAAGAAAUCUGAGCCUUCCAAAACAUUUUUAUGUAAAGUAUAAUACAUUUGGCCGUCUAACGGUCAGUUUAAAA